AAUAUAUUUCUAAAACUGUAUUACGCAGCAAACCCGCAUGUAUCAAGUCUUGAUCCCCAUUCAAAAGCAUCCCUCAAAACGCGCAGUCCGAAAGUGAACAACGCGUUUCUGCUUAAAUAUCCCGUGAGUUUUUACGAGGAUAGCAAAGGGUUGCUUUCUCUGCAAGCACGUGACCAGGGGUGGAAAUAGAAGGAUAAAAUGAAAAGAAAUGGUCACUUUCACCAGGUUGUCGCGUAUAUUGUUCGUAUCGGGGGGACCUCGGGGGUGAGUUGGCACGCUUGCGCAAGCCAAGCACACUUGAAGCUAGAACGACGUGCAACAACCAUGCGAGCUUCAGUUUUCAUCAAGGUCUUGUCGAGACAGAACCGUACGACGUUCCGACAAUCUCUCGAAACAGUUUUCCUUUAUUUCCUCCGCGAGAUAACGCGCGGAAUUUCUUCCCACGCGAGCCGCAGGAAACCAUGCCGGAAAUCUUCCGAAUUAUUUUGCCGUCCACGUGAAACGUGCUACUCAGUGUUUUAUAAACAAACUCCGUUGUGAAAUUUAUAUACAUUUAAACGUUGAAUUUUUCGUUUGGGUCAUUUCUUUUUGUUGUUGCUUUUAGAAACCUUGCGGAUGAAGGAAAACGGAUGUCCGGUUCGGGUCAUGAUUGACCCAGCUCCGUCGUUCGAGGGUUAAAGUAAUCGCCUUCGAGUCUCGGGGUUUAUAUGUACUAUAUGGAAACGUCAAUCGUGUCAGGGCAUCAUGAAGCCAUCGAGAAAAAUUCCAGCGAGCUUCUUGAUCGGGUUUCCAUGAACAGCUGUCCGCCUAGCAGCUUUCCCGAUAACUUUCAAGAAUUUUUCGCCGCACUCAACGAAGAUUCGAACGAUCUGCCCAGCAUGCUUGAGGAUAAACUGAUACCUAGGCAACAACAGGAGGGCUCGAACUCCGAUUCGAAGAGCAGACGAUGGAGCAAGAGGGCUUUUCAGAGAAGAAGCAGCGAGGUCGAAGUUCGUUUGCAUCGCAGCUCAUUAACAGGAUCGUCACAAGGUCACGCGACUUCUGACGGUCCGAAAUCACCGACUCCUUCCAGACGACGCAGUUCUAGUAUAGCUGUCGCGAGACCCACUCCAGAUCUACACAGGUUUCUACAAGCAGAAGCCGGUCCAUGGGGUCAUUUGUCACCUUCACCGAGGAGUCCCACCAGGACACCGGCCAUUAGUCCAGGAGCAGUGUCGUCCUCGUCGCACUUGAGUCCAGGAGCAAGUCCAGCUGGCCCGAGUCCCACAAGUCCAGCUGGACCAGCUGGCUCGUCAUCAGGAUCUCGUGGUCCAGGACCAAGGCAAUAUCGUGGAAGGACCAGCAGCAUGCCGGCGGUUCCACGACACAAGCCGAUGCUUGCCGAAACGAAACGCGGUGGCGCCAACGGGGCCGACGAGGGUGAAACCGAAGAUGGCGUCGAAUAUUACAGGCUAAGAUCGUUUUCCAUAACAGCGAACGGGGUCUACAACCUCGGUGAUUCGUUAAAAAGUCGUCGUAGCAAAAGCAUCAACAGUGUCACAUCAUCUGGCACCAGUUGCAGUAGCACUCGGGAAGCUAGGUUGCUCAGCUCGGCGUCGCAGCUUUCUGGCAUGGAAGCCGAGGAGGACACGUGCAACGAACGAGUGGCCACUUACAAAGUCGGCAUGCUGGGUGCAUCGGGGGUCGGAAAAACCGCCCUCACCGCGCAAUUCACCACCAGCGAUUAUAUCUGUGCCUACGACACGUCUCUCGACGAAGAAUACGGGCAAAAAAGCGUUUCCGUGAUGUUGAACGGCCAAGAAACGGAACUGGAGAUCAUUGAUCAUCCUGCAGCAGAGAUGUCGGUGGAAACAUUUUGCUCGACAUACAACCCAGACGUGUACGUAGUAGUAUAUUCAGUGGUGGAUAGACGAAGUUUAAAGAUGGCCGAGGAGACUCUGUUGUAUCUGUGGAAGAGUGAUUACAUGGCCAGUCACGGAGUGAUUCUCGUCGGGAACAAAGUUGAUCUUGAACGAAAACGUGAGGUUCCGUCUGUUGUUGGUCGACGUCUGGCGAACAACUGCGGUUGUAAAUUCAUCGAAACUUCUUCGGGAUUGGCCCACCACGUGGACGAGCUACUGGUCGGUAUUCUCGCACAAAUUAAGCUGAAUCCACAACGAGAUCGAGAUCAAGCGACCAGACGGAAGCGAAGCAAACACCGCAGGAGGAUUCUGAAACACUUACUGGGAUUCAAAAGGAAAACCAAGAGUUGCGAGGAUCUUUUCGUUCUCUAACGUUCGAGACGCUGAAACAAUAUUUGAUCCUUUGAUUUUUCACGAAACUUCGAAUUAAUUCGUUAAUAAAGUGCUGUAAAGAUGUAUAGUUUUUAAACGCGCGAAUUCGAAGCUAGAUUUCGAUGUUUGUUUUAAAGGAAACAUUUAGGAGUCUGUUUUUCAUUGAAAUAUUUGUCGCGUUGCAGGAUUGUUUGUCCGUUAAUGUGGGGUCGCUGGUGACCCACGGUAUUUAUCAGAAACAUAUCCUUACAGAAAUGUUUAACUUGGAAAUAAAAAAUCGGAAAAGGAAAGAGUAUUUAGGUAUAUUAAGUUGGUGCAAUAGUAAUUGCAGAUUAUAAAUUUUAUCGAUUCAUUUUAAUAUAUCUGUAAUAAAACUUAUGAUAGAAAUA